CAAGGACGGCGAGGGGGAAGUAGACUGACAUGUCGGAACAUCCUGCAGGACCGGCGGGGCCCACCAGGGGGGCGGGGCCCGUCAGGGGGGCGGGGCCCAGUGCGGCGGCGGGGCCCAUGGCGGCGGUGCAGCCCAUCGGGGCGGAGGCCCUGGUGUCCCUGCUGGAGGGCGGGCUGGACCGCGUGGUGCUGAUCGACAGCCGGCCCUUCGUCGACUACAACUCGUCACACAUCCUGGAGGCGGUGAACGUGAACUGCUCCAAGCUGAUGAAGAGGAGGCUGCAGCAGGACAAGGUCCAGAUCGCUGAGCUGCUGCAGCACUCGGCCAAGAAGAAGUUGGAGCUGCAGGGCGAUCAGGACGUGGUGGUUUACGAUCAGAGUUCUUCAGAUCCGUCUUCUCUCAGCUCCGAGUCUUUCCUCAGCGUCCUGCUGGGAAAACUGGAGAGGAGCUUCCCCUCCGUACACCUGCUCUCAGGUGGGUUCUCUGAGUUCUCCCACCUGUUCCCUGGUCUGUGUGAGGGGAAGUCCUCUCUGGUUCCCUCCUGCAUGUCUCAGCCCUGCCUGCCCGUCACCAACGUCGGCCCGACCCGCAUCCUGCCUCACCUGUACCUGGGCUGCCAGAGAGACGUCCUCAACAAGGAUCUGAUGCAGCAGAACGACAUCGUGUACGUCCUGAACGCCAGCAACACGUGCCCCAAACCCGACUUCAUCCCGGAGUCCCACUUCCUCCGAGUUCCCGUCAACGACUCGUUCUGUGAGAAGAUCCUGCCGUGGCUCGACCGCUCCGUGGAGUUCAUAGAGAAGGCGAAGGCGUCCAACGCUCGCGUCCUCGUUCACUGUCUGGCUGGAAUCUCUCGCUCCGCCACCAUCGCCAUCGCCUACAUCAUGAAGAGGAUGGACAUGUCUCUGGACGAGGCGUACAGGUUUGUGAAGGAGAAGAGGCCGACCAUCUCUCCCAACUUUAACUUCCUGGGGCAGCUGCUGGACUUUGAGAAGAAGAUCAAAUGUCCUCUUGGUACCGAAACUAAACUCAAGUCGUUCGGCGGCGAGUUCGUCGCUCAACCCGACGACCCGGAGCCCGCGGGCUGCCCGGAGGCCCCCGGGGGCCCCGGCCCGGCCCUGCUGGAGCCCCUCACGCUGCCCUGCGUGCUGGCCGACGCCCCCGAGGAGCGGCUGCUGGCUCAGGCUCUGAGCGGCCUGCAGCUGGCCGACGGGCCCGAGGACAGCGCCCGGCUGAAGCGCUCCUUCUCUCUGGACAUCAAGUCGUACGGCGAGCCGGGCGGCGGCGCUCCUCACCGCGUGUUCGUUCCUCACGGCGGGGCGGGAGACGCCGCCGAGUUCUUCAAACCGCCUGGCUUCAAGGAGGCGACCAGCAAGCCGUGCCAGUUCUCCCCGGUGGAGGAGGUGUCGGAGCAGUCGACCCCGGAGCAGAGCCCCGACAAGGAGGAGGCCGGCACGCCGAGCCUCGCCAAGCCUGCGCCCGCCGCCGCCGCCGCUCCCAGCUGUUCCCACCCGCUGCACCGGAGCGGCAGCAUGGAGGAGAACGCCACCAGCUUCCUGUUCGGCCUCUCCCGCAGCCAGCAGCACCUGGCCAAACCGGGACCCGGCGGCGCCCUGAAAGGCUGGCACUCGGACAUCCUGCUGGGCCCCGUCACCGUCUCCACCUCCUCUCUGGCCGGCGGCUGGUACCUCUCCUCCGACUCCACGCGCUUCUACUCCACCUCCGCCAUCCUGAGCGCCGGCGGGGGCGGCACCGCCGGCUUCGCGGCGUACAGCUGCAGCCACGGCCUGGAGGCGGUGCGGAGGCGCAGCCGGCAGAGGACGGGCGACCGCGGUGACUCGAGGAGGAGCUGGCACGAGGAGAGCAGCUUCGAGAAGCAGCUGAAGAGACGAAGCUGCCAGAUGGAGUUCGGAGACGGGAUGACGGACAGCCGGUCCAGGGAGGAGAUCGGGAAGGUCGGGAGCCAGUCCAGCUUCUCCGGCAGCAUGGAGAUCAUCGAGGUGUCCUGAUCCUGGUCCUGGUCCUGACCCUAGUCCUGGUCCUAGUCCCGGUCCUGGUCCUGGUCCUGGUCCUAGUCCUGGUCCUGAGGUCUCAGUCAGGACGAGUCUGACUGAAGCAGCUUCGAUUCUUCGGUGUCUCUCAGAUAAAAACUCUUUGAGUGAACUUCAGAGUUUCAGUCCGAGCUGCUUCUUGUUGCUCCGACAACCAGAUCACCAGAUAGAAACCAGAGUUCUGCUUCACAGUGACGCUCUUGUUCUGUCUUAUAAAUCCGGCGUCCUGAUCUAAAACUCCACAGCACCGAGCUGUUGCGUUCACUGCCUGCUUCAAAAGUAACAGUUAAAAAAUGUUUAUCCUUUUUUUUUUUCAAGUUUGGUCUGAUAGCAGCAGAGAGACGGAGUGAAAAACCUGCAGGAACUAAACCUGGGUGGUCUGAGCACCAGGACGGAGAACACCAACCCCAAAAAUCUAAUGAAUCCGUCUGAUCGGAUCAGUCGUUGUUUCAUGUCAGAGGAAACAGCUGAUCAGUCUGUGACUUAAAUGUUCGUUACAUCAGAAGAAGUUUCCUGUUUAAUUAUUUUUCAGAAACAACAAAAACACCUCGAGUGAGGGUAAAAAAUGUUAAUGUCAGUUUUCUUUAGUUUUAUUGAAUGUUGGUGUUUUCCUCACGAGAACCUUUCUGAUCAGACUCUCUCUCUCUGUCCUCUCAGAUAAAGGCACCAAGAACAAAGCAGUAGCAUCAUACUGAUAACACGGUAGAGGUUUUUUAUUAAAACACAAAAGUCUUCGUGACCCACGUCCAGUUGAAUCCGGAAAGACGAAUCUGACACUCAAAACAUUUGUCUUUUUAAAUAUGUUCACUCAUUCAAUUCUGUCAGAAUGAACGCCAGCAAAACUGAAGUGUUUAUUUAUUUUUCAGUGUUACUUGAAACACAAAAUUUUCAAGUCUUUAAAAGUUUUUAAAAAUCUCAAAACCCCCUUUUCGACCAGUGGAAGUUCCCCGUCGGUGCCCAGUUGCAAAACCAGUUUUUGGUAACAUUACGGACGUAUGUUAGUGGGCAAUCACUAGCGUGAUAACGUUAGCAGGCGAAAGUUAGCGGGCAAUCACUAGCUUACUAAUGUUAGCGGGCAAUCACUAGCGUGAUUACAUUAGUGGGCUAAAGUUAGUGGGCGAAAUUUAGCGGGCGAAAGUUAGCGGGCGAUUGCUAGCGUGUGAAUGUUAUUGGCCAAACAUUAGCUUGCUAACACUAGCAUGCGAAAGUUGGCGGGGGAACGUUAGCGGGCGAUCGCUAGCGUGCUAACAUUAGGGGGCGAAAGUUAGCAGGGGAACGUUAGCGGGCGAUCGCCAGCGUGCUAACAUUAGCGGGCGAAAGUUAGCGUACAACGUUAGCGGCCGAACAGUAGCUGGCGAUCGUUAGCGGGCGAACGUUUCCGGGCGUUUGCUAGCGUGCUAACAUUAGCGUGCUAAUGGUCCGAACCAGCCGGGAACUGCUUUGGUUGAAAAGGGGAAACGAGGGGAAGAGUGACUGUUGUUGGGAAGGAGGUGAAAUAACACUUUAAAGUUCUCUAAAAAUCUGACCGGCACAUUUUAAAAGUUUUCUCAACACUCGAGUCUUUACAGACAAACAAACAUGAGUACAGGCUUCUGUCAUCAGACAAAACUGUUCGAUUUAAAUAUUUCUUUCCUUUUCUUAUUUAAUUUGAUUUUGACAGCUUUAGAAUGAAUAGAAUAUUUUUUAUGAUAACUGAAAUAAACUGAUCAUAUCUCGCUGAAUAAUCUCCCGGCACACAGAAAUCUACACAAUCUAGGAGAAAAUGAGUGCCUUUAAAUCCUGGUUGGAGUUUGUUGCUGUGGGAUGGAAGCUCGCCUGUUCACACGUUAAAACUCUGAGACAAAUAAAAGGACGACGGACACAUUUCACUGACGGACUCUCGAGUCUCUGAACGAGUCGUUCGUGGAGGAGAAGCUGAUGAUGAUGAUGAUGAUGAAGAUGAACUCGGCGGUGUCCGGUGACGGAGCAGCUGACUCGCUUCCUGUCGCUCUGUGAGACUCGCGUUGUUCACAGGUAAAAUAAUCUUGCACUACUGGUGUUUGCAGAAUGGAUUUGAUGAUUAAAAGUGUAUAAA